AUGUGUAUCAUUUUCAUAAAAUUUGACCCCCGGCCUGCAUCAAAAAAUGCCUACAGGCUAAUUUUGGCUGCAAACAGAGAUGAGUUCUACAGCAGACCAUCGAAGGCUGCAGACUUUUGGGGGAGCAAUACUGAUGUUCUGAGUGGGCUAGACCUGGAAUACGGUAAAGAAGGAGGAUCAUGGCUGGGGAUCAACAAGAAUGGGAAACUAGCUGCAAUCACCAACUACAUGGAAGGACGGCCCAAUCCAGAUGCACAAGGGCGAGGUUUCCUUGUUUCCAACUACCUUGUAGACAAGGACUUGGACAGCUACUCUUACCUAAAGAAGGUCUCAACAGAAAGUCACUUGUAUAAUGGCUUCAACCUUCUCACAGCAGAGUUCAAAGCCAAGCAGGAUCAUGUGUGUUACUAUGGAAACAGAGGCAACAGUGAACCCAUCCGUCUAAAACCAGGAAUCUACAGCUUGAGUAAUUCGUUGCUGGACACCCCCUGGAAGAAACUGCUGCAAGGCAAGCGACACUUUACCAGCAUUGUCAACAACCAGUCACUAUCCUGUGAUGGACUGGUGCAAGAGCUGCUGAGUGUACUUAAUAAUGAAGAACUGAAUUCACCUGAUCCUGUUCAAGAGAGCCAAGGAGAUGGUUAUAGCAAGUCCAUGAUCCAAGCUCUGUCAGCCGUGUGUGUUCGCACUCCUGAUUAUGGCACAAGGACCAAUACAAUUAUCCUGAUUGAUGCAGAGGGCAACGUUACCUUCACGGAGCGCACCAUGCUCAACUGUGACACAAACAACUGGACUACCAGUUCUUUCCAGUUCAAGCUGCAGACAUGA